AUGCGGCGCAGUCUAGCUCCGAGCCAAACCGGCUCCGGAAAUAAUGUGUUUAAAAGUCCUUUAAUGAAGCGCGCGAACCGAAAGCGAGAGUGCACGAGAAUUCCUCUAGCACAGAAGUCUACGUCUCAAGCGUUAUCUUCGUCUGACCACGAGAAUUUGAUUAAGCAAAUAUUAAGUAAGCCGUUUAAGGUUCCCAUUCCGAACUAUGUGUCGUCGUAUUGUGGUAAAAGCUUAGGUUUGAAAAGAACCCAGCUUCGAAGAGCUCUUCACGAUCCCAAUGAGCCCAACGCUUUAGUUCUAUAUCACCCACCACAUAUUCCAGAACAUGAUAAGAUGAAGAUGAAUCCGAGCGACAUCAAAGUUGCUGUAGUAGUGGAUCCCCUGCUUGGUAAUAUUCUACGGCCCCAUCAAAGGGAAGGAGUGAAGUUCAUGUACGAUUGUGUAACUGGAAUGCAAAUAGAGAAUGCAUACGGAUGUAUCAUGGCGGAUGAGAUGGGUCUCGGAAAGACUUUACAAUGUAUAACUCUUUUGUGGACUCUUUUGCGUCAAGGACCUGACUGUAAACCGGCUAUAAGCAAAGCUAUCAUUGUAUGUCCAAGUAGUUUAGUGAAAAAUUGGUACAAUGAAAUACAGAAAUGGCUCGGACAAAGAAUUAAUACAUUACCUAUGGACGGUGGGUCUAAGGCAGAUAUAACAUUAAAAUUACAGCAAUUUAUGAACACUUACAAUUCCACACGAGUGGCAACACCAGUAUUAAUCAUAUCAUAUGAAACAUUUCGAAUUUAUUCCAAUAUCCUACACUUAUCGGAGGUAGGUUUAGUGCUUUGUGAUGAAGGACAUAGGUUAAAGAAUAGCGAAAAUCAAACAUACCAAGCACUCAUGGGUCUUAAAGCGAAACGACGCAUUCUCAUUUCUGGGACUCCAAUACAGAAUGACUUAACUGAAUAUUUCAGUUUAGUGCAUUUUGUCAAUGAAGGUAUUCUCGGGACCGCUCAGGAGUUCAAAAAGCGAUACGAAAAUCCUAUACUUAAAGGACAAGACGCAUUAGCGACCGACCAAGAGAGGGAGAGAGCUCAAGAAUGUCUCCAAACUCUUACAUCUAUAGUAAACAAAUGCAUGAUCCGAAGAACUAGUGCUUUACUUACUAAAUACUUGCCCGUCAAGUUUGAACAAGUCAUUUGCGUUAAAAUGACACCCUUGCAGACGGAAAUAUACAAGAAUUUCAUUAAUUCUGAUACUAUUAGAAACAAAUUUGCAGGGACAGACGGAAAGAACAGCCUGAGCGCCUUAUCCGGAAUAACCACAUUAAAAAAAUUAUGCAAUCACCCUGACUUGGUGUACGACAAAAUCAUGGAGCGGACCGAAGGAUUCGAAAAAGCCAGAGAUCUCUUACCGAAAAACUAUGACAUCAAGGACGUCAGACCAGAGUACUCAGGAAAACUCAUGAUCCUCGAUUGUAUUUUAGCCAACUUGAAAACGAAUACUGACGAUAAAAUUGUACUCGUAUCCAACUAUACGCAAACUUUGGAUUUAUUCGAAAAAUUAUGCAGAAAAAGGCAGUACCUUUACGUGAGAUUAGACGGAUCCAUGACUAUAAAAAAACGCGCCAAAGUCGUAGAAAGCUUCAACGACAAGAAUUCAAAAGAGUGGAUAUUCAUGUUGAGUUCCAAGGCCGGGGGAUGCGGACUUAACUUAAUCGGGGCCAAUCGUUUGAUCAUGUUCGACCCGGACUGGAAUCCGGCGAACGACGAUCAGGCGAUGGCCAGAGUGUGGCGCGACGGCCAGAAGAAGCCUUGCUACAUCUACAGGCUCCUAGCCACGGGCUCUAUAGAGGAAAAGAUAUUUCAGCGCCAAGCGCACAAGAAGGCUUUGAGCGAAACCGUCGUAGACCAAAACGAGGACUCGCUACGUCACUUCACGUCGGACGAUUUGAAGGACUUGUUCCGGCUCGAAGAAGACACUUUGUCAGACACGCAUGCCAAAUUUAAGUGCAAACGUUGUGUCAACAAUAUUCAAGUGACCCUACCUCCCGAUAACUCCGACUGCACCUCGGAUCUGUCUAACUGGUACCAUUGUGCGGAUAAGAAGAACUUAGCCGAUUUAGUUCUCAAACAGUGUUGGGAUUUAGCUAAAAACAUUUCUUUCGUUUUUCAUCAUCGCUCGGCCGCGACGGAAGCGCAGAAAGAUCACCAGGAGGACAAAGAAAACACCCAAGUUAAUAAGAAAAGAAAGAUUGAAUCAGAUGGAGAUUACUUUGAACUAGAUUAUAGUGCAGAUGAAGAUUUCAUAUUAUGUUAA